AUGUCCUCCCCUCCCCGCCCCACCGCCUCGCCCGAAUUUCCUCCAUCAAAUGAGCCCGUCGUCAACAUUCCAGUGGACGCCGACGAAGAUGACUCGGCCAUUGGUGAAGACGAGCUGAGCGACACCACCUCCAUCGCCUCGACCAUUUGGCGCCACCGCUUUGAGAACGGUCGCCGCUACCAGAAGUGGAAGGAAGGUGCCUACUGGGGUCCCAAUGAUGAUACCCAGAACGACCAAUUGGACAUCGGCCAUCACAUGCUGAGGAUAGUCCUUGGUGAUAAGCUCAGGGUCCUGGAUGUCGGCACGGGUACCGGCAUAUGGGCCAUAGACUUUGCGGAUGAGUAUCCGAGCGCCGAGGUCAUCGGAACCGACCUGUCUCCCAUUCAGCCCUCGCUGCUGCCCCCAAACUGCAAGUUCGAGCUCGACGACGCCACCGAAAAUUGGACUUUCCCGGAGAACCAUUUCGAUUUCAUCCACACGCGCAUGCUGUACGGCAGCAUCGAUGACUGGAACAAGUACUAUCAGCAAGCAUUCCGAGCCCUGAAGCCCGGCGGCUGGUUCCAGCAGCUGGAAAUGUCCAUCCUCACGCGCUGCGACGACGAUACGCUCGACAAGUACGAAGACAAAGUGUUGAAGGAGUGGGGUCCCCUGUUUAUCAACGCCGCCGACUCUCCUAAAUUCGGACGCACGCUGGAUAUCUGGAAGGACAUGAAACAGCGCAUGCUGGAUGCGGGGUUCGAAGAUGUGCAUCAAGUGGACUACAAGGUGCCAAUCGGACCGUGGAGUAGCGAUCCUAGGUUGAAGGAGAUCGGCAAGUGGCACUUGCUGUAUUGCUUCCAGGGUGCCGAGGGAUGGGCAAUGUACCUCUGCACACAUGUACUUGGCUGGAAAUACGAGGAGGUGCAGGUGCUGGUGGCAAGGUACCGUGCUGCCAUCAGGAGUCGCAAAGUACACCCCUACUACACGUACUCUGUCGUGUAUGGCCGCAAGCCGGAGAACAACUAA